CAUACCCAUAAAAAGGGACGCAAUGGCUUCCGUGAAAGACACGGCGACUUUCUUCGCCGAGGGCACGGCCACCCAGUUCGAGCACGUACUCAAGCUUUACCCACUGGCGCUGAGCCUCAAGGCCCAAAAACACAAAUCCAAGAAACCCGAGGAGCUCAUCAAACUCGACAACUGGUAUCAAAAUGAGCUUCCAAAGAAAAUCAAAGCCCGAGGCAAGGACGCUCACUUGAACCACGAGGAAUUGGUGCAGACGAUGAAGUGGAAGCAAAUCCGCGGCAAGUUUUACCCGCAGCUGUCGUACCUGAUCAAGGUGAACACCCCGCGUGCGGUGAUGGCCGAGACUAAAAAGGCAUUCAAGAAGCUGCCGAACCUGGAACAGGCCAUCACUGCCCUGUCGAACCUCAAAGGUGUCGGCACGACAAUGGCCUCAGCGCUGCUCGCGGCAGCCUCGCCCGAGAAUGCACCCUUCAUGGCCGACGAGUGUCUCAUGGCCAUACCCGAGAUCGAGGGAAUUGACUACACGACCAAGGAGUACCUCAACUUUGUCCAGCACAUCCAGAACACCGUUCAGAGGCUCAACAAACAAAAUACAAAUGGCACAACCUGGAGUCCGCACCGAGUGGAGCUUGCCUUGUGGACGCACUACGUGGCCUCAGAUCUGAAGCCCGAGCUGUUGGACGGUAUACCAGACGCGAACAGCACACAGAACGGUAACUCGCACCCGACCAACGGUGACGCAGCAGCGACCUCGGAUGACAGUAACCAGGAGCUCGCCACGUCCACCACGACGACGACGACGGAGGUGGGAGAAACAAUUCCGGCGACAACUGCGGUCUCGAACGGCAAGACGCCGGCGACGAUUGUGCCAAGCGAGUCUGUGGUUCUCGACGAGAACAGCACCACGACUUCCUUUACCGAGGACUCACUCGACAAGCCCGCCACGCCGAGCAGUGCCGCCAACGCUGUGGUUACAACUGGCAUUCAGAACGAGGACACGAAUGACUCGCUACCCACGAAUGACGACAGCAGCAACAACGAGGCUACCCCCAGGCCGACGGAUGAGAGUGAGGCUGGCACCGAGGAGGACUCGUCCCAGGACUCGGUCAACGAGCCACCCACGAAGAAGAGCAAGAAGUGACCUGGUAGCACUGCCUUUAUCCAGCCGCUCGCAGCCGCGACCGCCUCACUCGCCGAAGAUUACAACAAUUAUUAAUUGAUGAACAUGUCGCUCUUUAACAUACAGAAGCGAGAAAGAGAGAGAGAGCUUCGAAAAGUCGCAUACGUACUUGAGAGUUUUUUUCAAGACGACGCUUUUUCAUUGCGGACGUACCAAGAGAUUAAAGAGUACUAUGGAUUAAUGUGGUGGUGGCCGUUAUCGAGAGACUGGAAAUGGAUUGGAUCGAAUUACUGUUGACAGUGCAUCCGUACAGUGAUCCGUUUACAGCUCGAAGAUUCGGAGGAAUUACAACCAUGGAGUAUCGGCAGUGGAAAUUGUAUGAAAAUAAGAAAUCUUUGCUUUUCAUGUGUAUAAAUCAGGUCUCUUUUUGAUCAAUCAUUUUUUUUUUUUUUUCUAUUAUUUUUAAUAAUACACUUUUCAAAGUAGAAUCGUCUGCGUGAUUUACAUUUUAGACUCUCACCUCGGUGGCUCUCCCUUUUUUAGUGAUGAUUUGUGAGUCAUUUAAUUUUUCAAUUUUUUUUAAAUCGUUUUUUGGUGACUUGAAGCUUCUAACGAUAACAAAAGCCUUGUUACCCCCACAAAAGAAACGAACACUUGGUCGUACACUGCAGGAAAAGCAAGGAUCCGCGGAUUAUUUUGUUGUCUCUCGAGAGUUCGGCGACGAGGGCGGUGGCGCUAAUAAUAUUAAUUAAUAUGAAAAAAAAAAAAAAAAAAAAUUAAAUUAUAGUUGCGAUAAUAUUAACUAUUACCGAAUCAUUACCAUAAUUUAUAUACCUAAACAAAUGAGAGUGUGAACGAGUGUUGAAAGGAAGAUCGAGAGUUCAAGUGAGCGAAUGGCGUAAGCGAGAAGAGGAUAAAACAAAAAGGCGCAAAAUGAUGGGGGAAAAAAAAAUUCACGUUGCUGGUCGGAGAGUGUAUUGCAAACCAAAUACCUUGUAAUAAACGGAUCUUAGAUGCAGAAGCAAAUGUGGAUUAUUAAAAAUUAAUGUCGCGAUAGUACACCCAUUGGUCUGUUGGAAAAAAAAAAAAAAAAAAAAAAAAAAAAAAAAAAAAAAAGUAAAUGCACAGUCAUGGUAAUACAUACUACACACAUCUGGAAUAAAAAUACUUCUGUACAGGGAUUUAACUAGUAUUUUUGCACAAUAACCCAAACAAGCGUGACGACGAAGCAAGU